AUGUUUAUUCUGAAUUGGUUCUGGGAUGUCUUGGCUAACCUGGGUUUGGUCAACAAGAAUGCCAAGAUCCUGUUUCUCGGUUUAGACAAUGCGGGUAAAACGACUUUAUUGCACAUGUUGAAGAACGACCGACUAGCGACCCUUCAGCCCACCCUACAUCCAACAUCGGAAGAACUAGCGAUCGGGAAUGUGAAAUUCACGACCUACGACUUGGGUGGCCAUCAGCAAGCCCGCCGACUGUGGAAGGAGUAUUUCCCCGAAGUGAAUGGGAUCGUCUUCUUAGUGGACGCACAAGACCCGGAGCGGUUCUCGGAAUCGAAGAUCGAGUUAGAUGCACUUCUCAGCAUCGAGGAACUCUCCAAGGUCCCCUUCUUGAUCCUUGGGAACAAGAUCGAUGCCCCAGGUGCGGUCAGCGAAGAGGACCUCCGACAUUGUCUCGGCCUCUACCAAACCACUGGCAAGGGCAAAGUGCCACUUGUAGAUAUCCGCCCGAUCGAAGUAUUCAUGUGCUCGAUCGUCAUGAGACAAGGUUAUGGUGACGGCUUCCGUUGGUUAGCGCAAUACAUUUGA